AUGUCGAAAGGACACAAGCUGUCAGGGGCUGGCAGUAACCAGCCCCAAUCGAGAACAUCCCCGUCUCCCUCUGGGUGUAUUUCAUCAGAUUCCCAAUCUGCUAUUUUGCUCCUCACCGUAGAAAAUGUUCAAAAGCUAGAAAAAGAGUAUUUGACUGCAAAAGGAGUCCUUGGUAAGCAAUCUGUGGAGGAGUACAUUAAGCAGAGUAAUCUCUGUUUGCUAGAGAGAGAGAGGAGUGAGGAAGUCAGCGGAGAGCAUGUCCCAGAUAAAAAAGAUCCAGAAGGUGCCGUCUCCUUCCUUCCAAGAGAGCCGGCUAAAAAGUCCAGGGAAACUCACUUGGAAAAGGCUGAAGAAAAGUCACACAAAGGCAGCUUAUUGGCAGAAUUUCAGGCAGUUUCUCUAUCAACUCCGCAUGCUGGUUCUAAGUCAAAGGAGUCAAAGAAGUCUGCUGAUGGAUCUUCCGCCACUCACAGAAGAUGUGAAGCUGAGGAUUUGGGGACCCAGACAGAAUGGAGUUAUUCAGACAAAUCCCUGGCCUCCGUUGAGAAUGCUAUAUCAGUAAUCAGAGAGAAGAGGAGCAGAGAAGAUGCGGAUGGCAAGGACAGUCCUGAGUCCAUACCAAGUCAAGGCGUUGUGGUACUCUUUACUGACAUAGGUGAAGAAAUUGAGACACAAGAGUCUGAAGAAGGCAGCGAAGAAACUAAACAAACAAAAUCCAAAGAUGAAGCCCAGGGGCUUGAUUCAGAAGAGGCCAUUCGUGAUGACCUGAAAAUAACUACCCUGUUCCUACAUGAGGAAAAUCACUUCACUGAAGUACAUGAAAACUGUGAGUUUUGUAUGGCUGUUGCAAGGCCCAUCCCAACAGCAGAAGACCUGGACACAGAGCCACUGGAAACUUUUUUGUGCUGCAGGACAUACAAGGAGGUGUUUGAGUGUGUGAUCAAGGAACUGAUGGAAAGCACCUCAUCUGAUGACGAGAUUGACAUUGCUCCUCAUCCUCACCUUUCGCAAGCAGUGCUGGAGAGUGAAACCAGAAAGAAACUUGAGCAACAGUUGAAAGAGGGAAGUUUUGAUAAAUAUAGGGAACUAUAUGAGCGGCAUAUCAAGUUUGGUACCUUGACCAAAAUUUCAUUUAAAUUCUCGCAACCCCAAGAAGAGGUCCCAGUUGUUGGUCCAGCGCUGCCUCAGACUCUUGAAGACCUGGACACAGAGGUCAGAGCAGAGCACGAAAAGAAUUGUCAUGCGCGUGACCCUGUAAGAAGAUAUUAUCCUGAUGGACAGAAAUUCUUUCUUCUUUUUCCAGAUGGGACAGGUCAGGUUUUUUAUCCAUCAGGUAACAUUGCCAUCCUGAUCGUGUAUGUCAAGGAAGUACAGUUUAUAUACGUCAUCCUAGAGGAUCACACAUACUCAGGGAUUCGAGCAUUCUUCACAAAUCGCGGCUAUGCCGCAUGCUACCAUAGGAAUGGGAUCAUCUGGCUGAAUCUGGAUCGCCUCACUGGCUCCUACUUUGAUAAGAAAGGAAGAAGACAGAAGCACUGGAGUUGGCAUGACUUCAGCCAUCAUGUUCAUGCGCCUCCUUUCCAGCCCAUCUGCAUUAAACUAAACAUUUAUAUCAGGAUUAAAAUUGUAGCUCAGGAGCAAAUUUACUUAUCAUUUACUAAACAACAAAACUGCAUCCAUUUCAACAUGGGGGCAAGGCUAAAGUUGAAAGACACAGCCACACUCCACUUACUUAAACCAGCAGAAAACCAACUGGGGCUACUCCUGCACUCCAAAAGCAUUCAGAUCAACAGCCUCCUAGCCAAAAUGAAGAAAGUAUUACAAGACUUGCAGCGCACACCAUUAAACAAAAUUCAGGCACUGCCUCUUGUUCUAGCACAGCUGCGUAAACUGCUGAAAUGGAGAGGUAGAAAGACUCUUGCCCAGUAG